GGUGGCGCGACCACCUCCUUCAUUGCCGACGACGACGAGCACCAGUUGCAUCCAUCUACACUUCUUUAUCAUAUCUUCAUCUAGUCUGUUGCCCUCUCAAUGGGCCAGUCAUCCUCGAGAAACCGCACUCCGCAGGCGCCCCAAUACCAAGAUAGCACGCAUGCUGAGUCCAGUAGCGGCACCAGCACUCCGAGGACUGCAUCCGCCGCAAGCAAACGAUCACGACGGUCCUCUUUGCGAAGAAGCUUUCUAGGCCUUCUUCCUCACGCCAGCUCAUCAGGAUCGCUGCGCAGCGACCCGUCCUCGAAUGCAGAAAGCACACAGCCCCCAAAGAAACGCUGGCGCUCUUCAAAACGAUGGUCUAAAGCCCCUGCAUCGUCGCAGCUCGCCGUAGCCGAGCUUGGGCAAGCCAGUUCGUCGAGUUCAGGAGCAACGGACAUUCACGGAGACACCCCCGCUGGCACGCGUUCGUCCUCUCCGCUGCUUGCGUCCGCCUCUUGGGAAGAUUCACCGGUCGGAGCGAGUGCGGACGUUCUGUCAGAUGACGAGCAGCGAUUGAGCCAGAGCGUUGGCGCAUGGCUUAGUGGGACAGGCCCACCAGGAAAUGAAGAGCGUGGCGAACAAGCCGACAUGCAUGACACGGUGCAUGACCUUCCGGAAACUAUGUAUAGCGACGGCGAUGUUCAGAACGCUAACGAUCGUCAGGGAGAAGCGAGCGGGACGGCGACAGAAGCAGGCCCGACGGCUGAGCCUCAACCAGAAGCUCCUCGCCAGUUCCCUCCACCUGGCACACUCGUCGUCGUCCAAGGCGUCGUUAAUACCACCGAUGCACCUGCCCCUACAAGCAGUGGCGGAUCUCCCUCUUCGCGCCGUCCUUCUCGCUCAUCAACACCUCGUCCACCCUCCAUCAGUAUCCCCACAUCUCUCCGCCGCUCAGCGUCAACCUCUACCCCUGCAGAUGGCGAGCGCCACGGGACGCGAAGCCGCCUAUCCUCCUUCAUGUCGCGCUCGCGCGCCUCUUCUGAUCUUAGACCAAACCACGAGUCGACCUCGAACCGCAACUCGGUCGUGUCAUCUGACUUGUCUUCCUCGAGCACCAGUCAUGAAACCGGUUCCGCAGAAGAGCCAUCGUCUGCUGAGAACCACGAGGCGGCUCGGGCUGAGAACGACGGACGCCCUCGACCGUUGUCGCCUGGUAGCAUCGAUGUUCUAGGAACGCUUCUCAGCGUUGCUGCUGCUGCGACCGCCGCGUCCCUUUUCUCUCCUGGCCUUGCGUUUCAGUCGGCUAAUGGAGCAGGUAACGGACCAGGCACUACCCGUCCAAUGUCGCCUACCCCGACGGCAGGCCUCGGUAACAUCGGUGGUCUUGGUGGGCUUGCCGGCCUUGGCCUCGAUCCUCUGAACACCAACACUGUCCCCGGCGCAACCCAGGGUCAACGGGAUGGGCGCGAUCGUAUCCGAAAUGUGUGGGAGAGUCUGCGGGAACGCCUUGGGCUAAACUCGCGGAAUCCGGCAUUCGGUGGCGUCAACUCUUCUCAAGGUGAGGGCGGAAACGGCUCGGGCGAGGGGCGCAUGCGGCCGGGGGAAAUGAUGCUCGCCGAGAUGGCACGUGCGCUCAACCUCGGACUAGGACUCAACGGCGAGGGUGGCUCGGCCUCCUCAACAGCAUCCGACGACGCCACUGUCGUACCUUCUGACAGUGCCAGCAGCAGUGACGCGACUGUGACCCCUGCUGUCGAGGCGCCUCUCCCUCCCGAAGACAGUUUCGAACGCUUCCUCAUCAACUUGCAAGCUGAUCUGAGGGCCGCGCUGUCCGAAGACGGUGCGGGCGCGACGAGUCAACGCGACAGCGUGCCGCAGCCGGCUUCCGCGCCAGCUCAUGAGGAGGACCAAUCGGAAGCUGGUGCCAUUCCCACCAUCCAGGUCGAGGAUACCUCCCCUGUUGAGGCCGGCGGUACGCUUUCAUCUGACGAGCAAAACGAUACAGACGACAAUGAUCUUUCUCCUUUGGCGACCAUCUCGGACGACUCGGAUAAUGAUGACGAAGAAGAUGAAGAAGACAACAUGCACGAGGAUGAUCACGAGAGGCGCUUGCCGCGCACUCCGACACCGAUACCCACAGGUGCAUUCCCGUUCGGUGGCGAGCAUCGCCAGGGCGCGAAUGGCGACCGCAGGCCACCCGGCAUCAACCUCUGGCGGCUUUACCGCUUCCAACCGAUACCAGCUGCUACUCUGGGCCACGCGGCUAGCACGAGCCCGACAGCCUCAUCCAACUCUAACACCGAGGCUGUCCAUGCUUCUGCGCCCACAGGUGCAGGCAGCGCUCCUCCUUCCUCCACCUCUCCCAUCUUGCAGGCCGCAAGUUCCGAGUCAAGUGCAGUGCCCUCUACGCCGACCACGAACGCGCACGCGAACGUCGUGGUGCCUGUGAUCGUCGUUGGUCUGCAAUCGGUCGAUAUGGCGCGCACGCAGGAUCGCAACCACAGUAGGCGCGACAGCGCACCGCCUGCGGAUGAUGGCGGGACGUCGAUGGAUCCCAGUGAAUCUUUUGAAGACUUUGCACAGAUGGCUGCCGGCAGUGCAGAUGGGCAGACUGGUGGUGCCGGGCAGCCUCGUGGACGGACAUGGCAAUCGCGUGCUGCGAACGCACUGAGAACGUUGCGUCCUGGACGGAGAGGCGGAUCGCAUAGACGCUCCUCGGACACGUCAGGUGCUAGGACGUUCUUGAUUUAUGUCAUCGGAGGGUACUAUCCUCCGAAUCACCAUAUGGUCACUGGCUCAGACAGCCUCGAUUCCUAUGAAGCUCUUUGGGAACUUGCGGAGCUCCUUGGUCAGGUUAAACCUCCUGUCGCUACCAAAGAGGACAUAGACAAUUCCGGCCUGCAAAUCAUAAAGUCCUCUGAACUGACUCGGUACGAACAAGAUGGCAAAUUAGCUUCCAACUGUGUGGAGAGAUGCCUGAUUUGCCUAGAUGGCUACGAAGCGGAGGAAGAACUUCGCUUGAUGUCAUGCAAACACGCGUUCCACAAGGACUGUGUCGACAAGUGGCUGCAGGUUGGCCGGAACAACUGCCCAGCAUGCCGGACGAAGGUGUGUUUGUCCUCACCCGCCUGUUAGGCUAUCACUCAUACAGACUGCGCUUGUCAGGGUGUGUCCACCGCGGGCGAUACCAGCUCUUGAGCCACCAUCGCUCCUACGCUGCUCUUCAUGUGUACAAAAAUGACUCAUCCUGC